CCUCUUCAAGCCCCGUUGCACAUACAUUCACCAACCCGUUACCGCUAUCCACAUUGCCUUCUACCCCGCCUCCUCAACCCUGAGCUCUCCACUCUUGCCUUCGCCCACCCACCGCAACUAUGGCGAACGACGAAUACGAUUUUCUUUUCAAGGUUGUCCUUAUCGGAGACUCUGGUGUCGGUAAAUCCAACCUGUUGAGUCGAUUCACUCGUAACGAGUUCAACCUCGAUUCCAAGUCCACGAUCGGUGUCGAAUUCGCGACCAGAUCCAUCCAGGUCGACGCCAAAACCAUCAAAGCACAGAUUUGGGAUACUGCUGGUCAGGAACGAUACCGUGCCAUCACCUCCGCAUAUUACCGAGGCGCUGUGGGAGCCCUCCUCGUCUACGACAUCAGCAAGCAUCAGACAUAUGAGAAUGUGACACGAUGGCUGAAGGAGCUGCGCGACCAUGCCGAUUCCAAUAUUGUCAUUAUGUUGGUUGGUAACAAGAGCGAUUUGAGGCAUCUGAGAGCAGUGCCCACAGAGGAGGCCAAACAAUUUGCCAGCGAGAACAACCUUUCCUUCAUUGAGACGUCCGCCUUGGACGCCAGCAACGUCGAGCUCGCUUUCCAGAACAUUCUCACAGAGAUCUACCGAAUUGUAUCUAGCAAAGCCCUCGACCAGGGUGAGGGCGGUCAGAACGUCCUCGGCGGCGAGCGCAAGGUCCUCGAGAUCAGCAAGUCGGCAGACACAGAGGCAAAGAAGGGAUGCUGCUAGGCAUCAUCACGUAAACACGAUAUAUACAUAUAUGAAGAAGCGUGGAGUAGACAUGUAUUCCAGAGGUUACGAGCCCCACCCACGAUCGGAAUAUUUCAUGGCAGCAUUACCAUGCACGAUGCAGUUCCGCACCUUCAGACGAAUCAUCAUGCCACUCAUGUCUCAUGCGAAUGUUGACGUCGAACGAAGUUACACCAUCGGAGAAACAUGCCGGGGUCUGUCCUUUCAAGUCUCUUUAUUGCGUGUACUACAAUGCUCUCUGCUUGUUUCUGCAGAUUGGCGAUGGGUUUGACUGGCUGGCUGGCUGGAAGGGGAUCUUUUGUUUCUGCCAUACCUGCUUCAAUUUUUUCUUUGCAUUCGUGCGGGUGUGCCUUUUUUCUUCCCCUCCCACUAUCAAUCUCUCCUUCUUUCUCUAGUGGCUGAUCGGUUUUGGUGGCGAUUAAUGUAUGUGACUUUACUAGCUGCUGUAUGAUCA